AUUUUGUUGCGUGGCUUAGCACGUCACGAGUGUAAAACCCAGAAUUCAUAAUCUAUCUGUUAUAAAUAAAUAAAUUGUGGUUUUUGAUUUCAUUCUGUGUUAGUUCUUAUUCUGUGUUAGUUUAACUUGAUUUUGGUUUGUUUCAUCGGUACUCGUGCAUUUAAUUAUUCCAUAUUCGAUCGUUCAUUGUCUCAUUGUGUCUCAAAGUCGAUAAAAGUGCGUAAGCGCGUAAAAGUGAAUUAAAAUACAUUAAUUAAGUCAUUUUAAAGCAGUUUAAGGCACUGUUGUGGACUUAAAAUGCCAAUGGAAUAAAUUACGAUUGAUUGUUAAUAUCAAUGUCGUCGCGCAUGUGCAAAUGCGGAAAAAUCUCAGAAUAAAAAUUAUUGUAAAGCGGUAGAACGGUUACCACGUCCGCCAUUUGCAUUUUCAAUUGUGUACUACAUUGUGUGUUGACUUCAGUUGUGAAGCAAACUAGUUCAAUCCACAACUCUAUAAUAAUUUAAUGUGUUUGUGUUCAAUUUAAUUGAUUAACUAUGAAAAUUUUAAUUAUUUCAUUCCUGGGAGUGUGGAAUCUAUUGUUUUGUGUUUUGUGUGCUCCGGUUUCAAAUAUUCCAUCAGUUGAAACGUUUGAUUUUAUGCGGAAAUAUGGUUAUAUUCCGGAUGACGGUGAUAAUUCAGCAGCAUUAUUCACUGAAGAUGGACUGGAUACUGUAAUCAAAGAGAUUCAGAAAUAUGGUGCUUUAAAACAAACAGGAAAAUUAGAUAAUGAUACAUUAGCUUUAAUGCAACAACCAAGAUGUGGCGUUGCAGAUGUUUUAAGAGACAAAAGCGGAAAACGUUCGAAAAGAUUUGUUCUUGGACCCAAAGGUUGGAAUAAACGAAGCAUUACUUUCUUUAUUGCAAACUGGUCAGGAAAAUUAUCAGAAGAAAUAGUGGCUAAAUAUAUUACACUAGGUCUUGAAACAUGGGGAAGAUAUGCUAACUUGCAGUUUAAAAGGGUAAAUAGUCCUGAAGCAGACAUUAUAGUAGCGUUUGGGCGUGGUUAUCAUGGUGACUCAUAUCCAUUUGACGGGCCUGGAAAUAUUCUUGCACAUGCUUUCUUUCCAUACGAACAGCAAAGUCUCGGUGGUGAUAUUCAUUUUGACGAUGACGAAAAUUGGACUGAAGAUGAGGAUCCAUCAAAAGGAACCAAUUUUUUCCAAGUUGCCAUCCAUGAGUUAGGACACUCUUUAGGUUUGUCUCAUUCUCCAGUGCGUUCAUCUGUUAUGUUCGCCUAUUACACUGGCAGUGGUCCUCAAACAUUAGACUACGAUGACAUUUUAGGAAUGUACGAGCUUUACAUAAAAAGGCGUUUGGAACAUGACGAUCAAAAUUGGUCGAGUACUACGUCGACGUCUUGGUCAUCAUCACCAACAACAUCUAACUAUGACGAUGAAUAUUAUAACUCUUCUUCAACCACAGAAAUGACUGUGACUAGUCGAUGGUUUCCACAGUCCAGUAGCACUACAGAAAGAACUUCAUGGUCGUCUACUAUAAAUUACCACGGUGACUCUGAAUCGGUGGAUGAUCACAAAACCCAUGAUCCUACCCAUCAUAUACCUGCAACUCAACCACCUUGGAGGACAACUGUCAGUAAAUUAAACCCUACACGUCGUUCAGAUCGUCCAAAUAUUCCAGAUAUUUGUCAGGGUGAUUACGAUGCCAUCGCAGCGCUUCGUAGUGAAUUAUUUGUCUUUAAAGGAGAAUAUCUGUGGCGUUUGCGUAAGGAAUAUGACAUUAUCCCAGGGUAUCCCAUACCAUUUAGACAAAUGUUUCCGUUGUUACCUCGUUCUGUAAAGCAGAUAAACGCUGCGUACCAACGGCCAGAUGGACAGAUUGUAUUGUUUAGUGGAAAACAGUAUUGGGUUUUUGAUGGGACCACAUUUGUUGAAGGUAGUCCACGUCUAUUGACCGAUUUGGGUUUGCCAGAUAGUAUGGAGAGCUUGGACGCUGUUCAAAAUUGGGGACGGAAUGGUAAAACUUAUUUUUAUAGAGGGAACAUGUUUUGGAGGUAUGAUGAGAAUAAGAAAAGGAUGGAUGACGAAUAUCCGAUGAGGAUGGAUAGGUGGCGCGGCGUACCUUCAAACAUGGAUUCUGCUACUACAUGGAAAGGUAUAACGUAUUUCUUCAAAGGACGUUGUUAUUGGAAAUUUGAUAAUGAUUGGAUCAUUACAACGGCUUCUUCACCUUUCCCAACGCCACAAACUUGGUUUGGUUGUCCAAAAGAGGAGGUAGAACAUUGCGUACCACCCACUAAGGGUCACCCGUGGGAUUGACGUAUAUAAAUGAGAGAGGAUUCAAAGUUUAUAAAAUAAAUUGAUUGUAAAUUUUAUUGAAAUCAUUAUGAGAACAUUCUGUAACAAUUAA